GCCCCGGGCGGCGCGGGCGGGGCGCGGGCCCGCCAGGCCAUUGGCUGCGCGCGCGGGGGGACUGUUCGCUCCUACGGGCUGUAGAUGGAGCUGUCCGGCCCGGGCGAGGGGGAAGGCGCCCGCGCUCGGUUCUUCUUCUCGGCGGCCGGCCCGAGCGGGGCACAGCACUCCCAGGAUGCAGUUUGUGUCAACACGGCCGCAGCCGCAGCAGCUGGGCCUGCAGGGCCUGGGGCUGGACGGCGGCAGCUGGGGCUGGGCGCAGGCGCUGCCCGCCGACGAGGUGUGCCACCAGGAGCCGGCGCUGCGCGGGGACAUGGCCGAGGGGAUGCCGCCCAUGCAGGCUCAAGAGUGGGACAUGGACGCCCGGCGGCCGAUGCCCUUCCAGUUCCCGCCCUUCCCGGACCGGGCCCCCGUCUUCCCUGACCGCAUGAUGAGGGAACCCCAGCUGCCCACGGCUGAGAUCUCGCUCUGGACCGUGGUGGCCGCCAUCCAGGCCGUGGAGAGGAAGGUGGACGCCCAGGCCAGCCAGCUGCUGAACCUGGAGGGCAGGACGGGCACGGCCGAGAAGAAGCUGGCCGACUGCGAGAAGACGGCCGUGGAGUUCGGCAACCACAUGGAGGGCAAGUGGGCCGUGCUGGGCACCCUGCUGCAGGAGUACGGGCUGCUGCAGCGGCGCCUGGAGAACAUGGAGAACCUGCUGAGGAACAGAAACUUCUGGGUCCUGCGGCUGCCGCCGGGCAGCAAGGGGGAAGUCCCCAAGGUGCCCGUGACCUUCGUGGAUAUCGCUGUGUACUUCUCUGAGGACGAGUGGCAGAACCUGGAUGAGUGGCAGAAGGAGCUGUACCACAACCUGGUGAAGGAGAACUACCGGACGCUCAUGUCCCUGGACGCCGAGGCGCCGCCGCCCAAGUCCGACGGCCCAUCGCAGCCCGAGCCCCGGGAGGAGCCGUGCGUGUGGGAACAGCGCGAACCCGAGGAGAGGGACAUCCUCCUGGAGCCGGACCCAGAAGCAGAGCCCCUGGUGCCGGCGCAGGACACGGCCUCACAGGUGAAGCGCGAGGCCCCUCUCUGUGACCGCGCCCAGCGGGGCCUGGAGGACAGAGCCGUGGCCACAGAGUCCAUUACCGACUCGCCAGCCUCUGGCCCCGACCUCCUAUCCCGGAUCAAGCAGGAAGAGGCCCCAUGCGUGUGGGACCAGCAGGACCUGACCGACAGGGACAUCCCCACGGACCCCAACUCAGAGUCGCUGCUCUCAGCACACGACAUCCUAUCCUGGAUCAAGCAGGAGGAGCAGCCGUACCCCUGGGGUGCGCGCGACUCCAUGGAGGGAGAGCUCGGACUGGACUCUGGCCCUGGUGACAGCCUGCUGAUGGUGAAGAACCCGACCCCCGCGCCCCCGCAGCCACCGCCCGCGGCCGCCCCGCCGAGCCUGCCCGCGCUGCCCGCCUCCGAGACGGCGGGCACGGCCGGGGCGCCGAGCCGGGGCGCGGGCGCCCUGCUGGACGAGGCCUUCCCGGCGCUGCCCGGGGAGCGGGGCGCGGGGCGCGGGGCGCGGGGGGGGAGCGGAGCGGCGCCCGGCGGCGGCGCGGAGGGCGGCGGCGGCGGCGGCGGGAGCAGCAGCAACAGUGGGGCGGCGGGGGGCUGCGGCAGCUGCUGCGCGGGCGGGCUGCGGCGGAGCCUCCUGGUGCACGGCGCCCGCAGCAAGCCCUACUCGUGCCCCGAGUGCGGCAAGAGCUUCGGCGUGCGCAAGAGCCUCAUCAUCCACCACCGCAGCCACACCAAGGAGCGGCCCUACGAGUGCCCCGAGUGCGCCAAGAGCUUCAACUGCCACUCGGGCCUCAUCCGCCACCAGAUGACGCACCGCGGCGAGCGGCCCUACAAGUGCUCCGAGUGCGACAAGACCUACAGCCGCAAGGAGCACCUGCAGAACCACCAGCGGCUGCACACGGGCGAGCGGCCCUUCCAGUGCGCGCUGUGCGGCAAGAGCUUCAUCCGCAAGCAGAACCUGCUCAAGCACCAGCGCAUCCACACGGGCGAGCGGCCCUACGCCUGCGCCGAGUGCGGCAAGAGCUUCCGCUACAAGGAGUCGCUCAAGGACCACCUGCGCGUGCACGGCGGCCCGGGCCUGGGCGCCCCCCGGCCCCCGCAGGCGCCCCCCGAGCGGGACUAGGGCUGGGCCGGGGGCGCGGCCGGGGCCCCCCCGCGCUCCCGCCGCCUUCCUGGCGCGCCCUCCCGCCCGCUCUGCCUGCUGGCCGUCUGCUGGA